AUGAGUAGCACCUCGCCCGCGCCGCUGACAGAGGCGGAAGUACGUGAGCUGAGCACCGCCGAAAUCCGAGUCAACCUGGAGCGAUGCAGUCGGCUCAUUUCCCAACCCACACUUCUUGCGAGACUUCGUGACGGCGGCGAAGGCAUCCGUCGCCGCAGCGAACUGUUCACCAAAGAGCUGGAGCGGCGGCGGACAGUUCAGGCAGUAAAUGCCAACGUCAAUGCUCACCUUGUGUCUCCCACGUUGAUCGAAACGCUCAAGCGAGAGAAUGAGGCAGCACUCUUGACCGAGUCUACCCCUCAGUUCACCGACGUUGCGAAGGAGAUGGGACUAAAAUACAAGGACCAGCGCGUCGAUGUUGAGGCGACAGUGCGUCGUAUGUACGAAGGGGCACUUAGCGAGGCCGAGAUCCAGCGCAUCCUGCAGGGCGUGCCUUUCGGCUUCUUUCUUACCUACGCAGAGACGUGUGAGAUGGAGCGGCAGCUGGCGAGGGAGGCACGGAAGGCGGAGCUGCGGAAACUGGCGGCACAGGCGGCGCGCCACAGGGACACACCGCAGGUGAGUGGCACUGGUGUGUGA